AUGGACAAGGAAACUAUCACACAAUUCCUGAAGCAACAAGCCGAGCAUCAGAGGAUUUUCCAACAACAACAACAAUUUCAACAACAACAGCAAGAGUUUCUCAAGGCGAUCAGUGCUGCGUUCACUACGCAGAAGCAGCAGCCGGACGUUACCAACAUCAUCAACUCAUUGUCAAACCGAAUUUCGACGUUUCACUACUGUCCGGAUGACGGGGAAACCUUCGAUGCCUGGUUUGGUCGAUACCAUGAUAUCAUCGAAAUCGACGGCAAGGACCUCGACGACGCUACCCGCACACGCAUAGUCGUAUCCAAGCUAGAGAACAAAGAAGCCGAACAGUUCAGAAGCUUCAUUCUGCCGAAGACGCCUGCCGACGUCAACUUCAACGACACCAUUGCUACGUUGAAGAAACUUUUCAACCAGACGAAGUCGCUGGCGAGACUCCGUUAUGAACUUUUCUCGGUAAAAUUCGAUGGGGUCGAUCGCAAGGAUUACACAGCCCUUGUCAAACGCCGGUUUGCCGCGCCUGCUAUGGAUCAUCGGACUCCAUGCCUCAGAACAUCUGGAUUUGCGAAUUCGGGCACUUCGCGAACUCGAACUGAAUCCGGAAAUGAAACUAACGGAGCUCACGAACCGAUUGGAUCAAGUUAUCUCACUUCGCGCCGAUGCAGACUUCAUCGGAGGUGGAUCUCACGACAUCCACGCCAUUCACCGACAAGCCAACAAACUCAAGCCCAAAUUCCAAGGAGGAUCACGAUCAAAGAACGCGAGAACGCCGACUUCUCCGCGCACUUCUGCAACUUCACCACCGUCGCCGUGUUCGAGAUGUGGAGGAUCACACUGGAAACGGGAUUGCAAGCUGCCACAGGAAACAAUCUGCCACAGCUGUCAAAAGACGGGACAUCUCUCGAAAGUAUGACGCCGUCCAUCGACACCGACGAGCGUUCCAACUCAACCAACGGUCGCUUCAACAGGAAAUCAAGAACGUGCACCAUCAAUUCCUACUAUACCACCAGUACACACCAGGACAACUCAAGGACCACCACUUCGCCGGUCAUCACGAAACACUCGGGAACCAAGACGCCUCAUAUUGGACCCUCGUCAAAAGUCCUACCUUUGACAUCAACACUUCGCGGGGGAGAUGUUAGCGCCACGACCAAAGAUAUUGCAACGUGA